AUGCCAGAACCAGAUCAUGAGCUUGCCCAAUGGCCUCCUCUUCACGUUCAGAAGCGUAAAUGCCACUGUAAAACGAAGCGCAACCGCGGUCUUCUCAUUCUUCUCAUCAUCAUACUCUUCUUCUUGAUCGGGAACGUCAUCUUCCUCAACGUUCGCGUCCUCUCCAUGAACACGUCCACCCCUUCCAACACCAACCCUACUCUCUCUGCAAAUGCCCAACAGUGCUUGUCCCAAUACACGCUGAACGCACCUUCCAGCCCUUCCUCCUACCCGUGCUCCACUUGCUUGCCAACCCUGCAGACAGUCACAUCCACCUAUCUAUCUUCAAAUCCACAGAACGCACAGCAGAUCCUCAACGCUAUCCAGUUCUGUGGUCUCCGCGGCAUAUUCGACACCGCCAACUCACAAGGUCAGGCAUCCCUCCUCGGCUGGGUCACAGACGUCAAAUUCUGUGCUUGGAAUGGUGUCACCUGUGAUGGCUCCGGUAGAGUUGCAAAUCUUCAAUUGACCUUUCCUGGAGUACCAGCAACAUUACCCAACGAGCUUGGAGCACUCACUGGCCUCGAGUCUUUGCAAGUCAUUGGUGGUAACAGUAUACCAGCUGGAGCGCUGCCUUCGUCGUUUAUAAACCUCACUUCUCUCUCCAACCUCCAUAUCGAAGCAACGGCCAUUACGCCGCUCCCAGAUAGCCUCUUCUCAUACCUCACAGCGAUGACUACGCUCACCCUCGUUCGCAACCCCAUGAUGGGCGCCUCUCUUCCUUCCACCCUGACCCAAGUCCCGCUCAAGAACCUCGUCGUCAACUCCCAACAACUCAACAACCCCCUCCCAUCUCUGUCAUCCAGCUCCACCCUCCAAGCAUCGCUCAAACUUCUCGAUCUCUCAUCCACCUCCCUCACUGGCCCGAUCCCAAAUACCAUCUCCUCCUUCUCGUCGCUCACGCAACUCUUGCUCUCCAACAACAACCUCCAAGCACCCCUUCCAACCACCUUCCCACCUUCGUUACAGAUCAUCUCCCUGCAGAACAACACAGCGCUCACCGGGACUGUCCCUAGUUCUCUUUGCAAUAGUACGCAGCUCAUGAGCUGUUCGCUGCAGAGUACGGGACUGAGCGCGAGUGGGGGGUGUGGAUCUUGUCAAUUCUCGUGA